UUCUUUUGCUAAAAAAUCAUUUGGCCUAAGCCCAAGAGAGAUUGAAAUGUACCCCUGACCCUGAGAAAGUGGCGAAGAGAAUGGGUGGGUCUAGCAGUAGCAGUAGCAGUAGCAGUAGCAGCAAGGACGCCCAAGACCUUUUCCGCGCUCUUUGGUCUGCUUAUGCUUCAACCCCAACAAAUCUCAAGAUCAUUGACCUCUACGUAAUCUAUGCCGUCUUCACCGCUCUCAUCCAGGUUGUUUACAUGGCUUUUGUGGGAUCAUUUCCAUUUAACUCCUUCCUAUCAGGAGUACUUUCUUGUGUAGGAACUGCUGUUCUUGCUGCGCAGCAUGGGACUUAUAAACCUGCUACGUACAUAGGCAUAAAUCUUGUUCUUGUCUUUCUGAUCAUUGUUAUCCUCCUUCAUUUUGGACCAGUCUGUCUCAGGAUCCAAGUGAAUAAAGAUAACAAGGAAUUCAAGGAUCUUGCACCUGAGCGUGCUUUUGCGGAUUUUGUUCUCUGUAAUUUGGUGCUUCAUUUGGUGAUCAUGAACUUCCUUGGUUAAAUUGGUUCGUGUGGCUGUUGUUGUUUUCGAUUGAACCCUUGAAUAAUAAAAAUUAGUAGUAUACCUAGACUUUUUGUAAUAGUAUUUAUAGACAGUAACUGGCAUCCAACUAAUUGCUUUAGUUUUAUGUUGAUUCCCCCUCCCCCCGCCACUUUUGGUUCUCUGUUUUGAAAGAAGAGAUUUUGCCAUCUUUUGAAGUUUAAACAACUUUUGAAUGGUGAAGAAUUACAGAAGGUAUUAUUUUUCA